AUGGCUCAAAGUUUUCAGUUUUCGCUCCUCCUUUUACUCUCCCUGUAUUCCGUACACCAAAGCAGCGGCAACCUACUUGACCUCGAUGAUGUUAUGUACGAAAUCCUCUUGCGAAAUUGCUCUUACGACGAAAGGCUGGUAACUUUUGACGUCAUUGGAGAUAACAAAACACGAGGUCCCCAUGAAAACCUCGAAAAGUACCCACCAGUCAAGUUCGAAGUCGGCCCGGUGGUCUACCACGCCGCCAAAGUAAAGUCUCUAAAGCUGUCUGCUGUAUACGUGCAAAUAUUUCACAACAACCAGUCUGACGAGGAGGGUAAGGCGUACAUAUCGGAGCAGAUAGACCACGAAGACGAGUACUCGUGGUCCGUCACCAGGGGAGCAGAUCUCACCGCUAAAGCUAAGUUCAGUAUAAACGUGCCACUAAUUUAUCAGUUCUCUACUGAAUUUUCCACAGCAGUGAAGACAAGCUCUGGAUCCACCAAGGUCGAAACACGCACUACGCGACAACUGAAUAAACAAGAUAUAAAAAUACCCCCUCUAGCCACUCUCGAAGCCAAGUGGUACGUCAACGAAGCACAAGUGGUGGUGCCGUGGGUAGCCGACAUCUUGUUGAAGGGAUACGUUGCAGGAUUGUUUGAAACGCCCGACAAGAACCUUACAUGGAGGUACCUAGACGUGAAAGAGAUGACACACGAACACCUAACAAAACACAAGAGAGGCGUCAUUUAUCAGGCAUUGGGGCUGUUCCAAGCAAACGUAGCUCAAAGCUACCACCUCUCCACCACCCAGAAAAAAUUAGCACAGAGGACCGCGAGCCUGGCCAGAUAUACUUUUGAGCAAGAAACCUCAUGA